AUGAGUCUUCAAGGCAAGGACCCCGACGAGACCAAAGAGACGGCGUACGGGUACAAGCUUCGCGAUCUGUCAGGAUCAGAGAUGCAGCAGUUUCCAGGGCUGAAAAGAGAUCACUGGUGGCAACUAUGGCGACCCAGAAACAGCCCUCCACCUCCUAAAGCUACGCUAGAGGAAGCAGAUGAGAUUCCGUUGGCUACCGCAUCCAUCUUAAGCAAGCUCACCUUCCAGUGGGUCACUCCAAUCAUGACCAAAGGUUAUCAACGACCUCUCCAGGCCACGGAUCUGUGGAAGGUAACUGACCACACAGCAUUGCCUCUGUCGGCCCGGUUUCUCGAGGCCUUGGAACUGCGCCAAACAGCAGCACAGGAAUGGAACGAGCGACUUUCGACGAUGAACCCCAGUAUGUAUCUCAAAGCGAUUUGGUUCCUCAAAGCUGUGUCUACGAUAUCUCUUCCUGGUGAUCUCUCCCAGUUCGGUUCUGUCGACACUUUCAAGCUUCGUCGCGCGGCCAUAGAAUAUGAAUGGAGAUGUCGAAGUGGGAGGAAACAUGGCAGCGUUGCUUGGGCUCUUAACGAUGUGAUGACGGGCUUCUGGAUUGGAGGUAUCUUCAAGGUUGCCAGUGAUGUAUCACAGCUCAUGAUACCGUUACUUGUCAAGGCGCUCAUCAAUUUCAGCAAAGAAGUACCUCAACCUAAUAUAGGGCGAGGUAUAGGCAUGGCGAUCGGCCUGUUCUUCCUCACUAUCAUGCAGUCCGUGUGUCAGCAUCAGUUCUUCUUCCGGUCUAUGGCGAUAGGUGUGCUAGCAAGGGCUACUUUGAUCUCCGCCAUUUACAAAAAGGCAAUGUGUCUGAGCGUGGCUGGGCGGGCGAAACAUCCCAACGGCAAGCUUCUAACCUACCUGUCAAGCGAUAUAUCCCGAAUCGAUUAUUGUGCUCAAUCUCCCAUCCAGCUGAUUAUUACCUUGAUUUUGCUCAUCAUUCAAAUCGGUCCUUCGGCGCUGGUCGGGUUUUCGUUGUUUGUUGUACUUGCUCCUUUGCAGACCUGGUUCAUGAAACUUAGCUUUAAGGUCAGGAAGAAGUCCAUGCGAUGGACGGACUCACGUUCGCGCCUCUUGAGAGAGCUUUUGUCGUCCAUGGAAAUCAUCAAGGUCUUUACCUACGAAAUACCGUUCCUCAAGCGGCUGAGCGAAUUUCGCCGUAAGGAGAUGAUAGGAGUCCGUAAGAUACUCGUGAUCCGAGCUGCCAACCAGGCACUCGCUUUCAGUGUGCCGGCUCUAGCAUCGGUCCUUGCCUUCGUGACUUAUGCCGCGACGCAUGACAGCUUAGACCCAGCUCUGAUCUUCACCUCGCUUGCAUUCUUCAACUUGUUGCGGCAACCCUUGAUGUUUCUGCCCCGAGCGUUAUCAUCGCUGACGGACGCCCAAAAUGCUAUUGAGCGCUUGACAGAAAACAGUCAUGCGAUCGAUGCUACAAGUGAAAUGGCGAUUUUAGUCGACAAUGCCACUUUCUCUUGGUCGGUGGGCGCCCAAGCCAACGACGCUAAAUCCUUCAAGAUCCCCAACCUUGUCAUGAAAAUCGCUCGAGGCAAAAUCGUGGCCAUUGUCGGAUCUGUCGGCUCCGGAAAGAGCAGUCUUUUACAAGGAGUGAGUUGCGGAAUACAGGAUCAAGCUGAUACAGAUCAGCUUAUCGGGGAGAUGUCCAUCCUGAGCGGAAGUGUCAUAUUUGGUGGUCGACUAUCAUAUUGUCAGCAGAAUGCUUGGAUCCAAAACGCCUCCGUCAGAGAGAACAUCCUUUUUGGACAAUCAUGGAAUGAAUCGCGCUACUGGCAAGCCGUAAAGGAUGCCAAUUUGAUGACUGACCUGGAGAUGUUUGCGGACGGAGAUCUGACAGAGGCUGACAUCGACUCAGGUAUAAAUCUUUCAGGAGGUCAAAAGCAAAGGGUCAACAUAGCUCGAGCGAUAUAUCACAACGCAGAAGUAGUACUUUUCGAUGACCCAUUGAGUGCUGUGGAUCCGCAUGUUGGAAAGGCGCUCUUCGAAAAUGCGAUAUUGCCACUGAAAGCGCAGGGUAAGACGGUCGUCUUGGUGACUCACGCCAUUCAUUUUCUGCCCAAGGUGGAUCAUAUCUACUUCAUGUCAGGCGGAAGUAUUGCAGAACAGGGCACAUACGAAGAACUGUCCCAGUCGAAAGGUUCUGCUGCGAAAUUGUUCUCUGAGUUCGGAGGCUCGCAAAAGGACGAUAUUGAGGAGCACUGCUGGAACCGGGAAGCUCGAGGGUCGCUUGAUGUUUACGCUGGAUACUUGCACGCUGGCCGAUCCCGUUAUACACUGCCGCUGACGCUGCUUUCUGCAACAAUCAUGCAAGGAUCCCAAGUGAUAGCGACCGUCUGGUUGACUUGGUGGCAGGAAAGGCGUUUCAAUCAGCCAUGGAACGUCUAUCAAGGUGUUUACGCGGCGCUGGGGAUAUCUCAAGCGAUAUUCACCUUCGCGAUGGGCACUAUCAUGGGCAUCUUGGCUAGCUUGGCCUCUCAAAAUCUUCAUUCAUCCGCAUUGGCGAAUGUAUUUUAUAGUCCAAAAUCAAUGUUCGACACUCAGCCAUUAGGUCGGAUUCUUGGGGUUUUUGGCAAAGAUAUAGAUACUAUCGACAAUCAGCUCCCGGACUCCCUUCGGAUGAUGGCGUUAACACUUGUGACCUUGAUAGGCUCCGUCAUCAUCAUCACGGUUUUCUUGCAUUAUUUCAUUGUCAUUAUAUUUUUCGUUGGCGUGGGCUACUGGUAA